AUGAACAUUUUGAUACUCAAGAGAUCAUACGCUGUCUCGAAAUGUUUAACAAGGCUCGGGAGACCUAGCAACAAUCUGUCCAGUGGGAUAGUAGGCCUCGCAAAUGUUGGCAAGUCGACCUUUUUCCAAGCUAUCACGGAUUCUAAGCUGGGAAAUCCCGCCAAUUACCCUUUUGCCACAAUUGAACCAGAGGAGGCUAAAGUGAUAGUACCAUCUAAACGUUUAGACCAUCUACAAAAGCUUUAUCUAAGUUCUAAAAAGAUACCUGCUGUUUUAACCAUUUACGAUAUUGCAGGCUUGACAAGAGGUGCGUCGAAAGGUGAAGGUCUGGGAAACAAGUUUUUGAAUGACAUUAGGCACGUUGACGGGAUCUUUCAGGUCGUACGAGGAUUCAGCAAGGUCGAAGUAACUCACAUUGAAGGCUAUGUGGAUCCCACAAGAGAUUUGAGUAUUGUACAGGAUGAAUUAGUAUUGAAAGACUUGGAGUUCUUGGAGGGCAUACGUGAGAAACUAGAGCGGAAAAUGUCAAAAACAGCUAAAAGCUCAAGUGAAUACAAGGCCAUGAGCACCGAAAUCGAGCUACUGAACUCGUUAGAAGAGCACAUGUAUGAGGGAAAGAAAAUCGCACAUUUCAAGUCAGAUUGGACUAAAGACGAAGUGGGCAUUCUAAAUAAACACAACUUUCUCACAGCAAAGCCCACUAUGAUUCUGUUGAAUGUUAGCCCGAAAGAUUAUUUGCUCCAAGCUAAUGAUUACGUGAAAGAUGUCAGCGGCUGGAUCAAUGAAAAUUCGCCUGGCGACAAACUGAUACUUUUCAGUGCCGAGUUUGAGACAAUAUAUAACCAGUUUGCGGCCGUUAAUGACUUUGUUGGGCUCGAUAAGUACUGUCGAAGCUUGGUAGAGGGUGCAGGCUCUAAAUUCUCUGUUCGCUCUUGCCUUCCUGAACUUAUUGUAGAGAUGCGCAAGAGCUUAGGGUUGAUAAGUUUCUUUACUUGUGGUCCUUUAGAAGCAAGGCAGUGGACCCUACGCGAGGGCAGCUUGGCUCCACAAGCUGCGGGUGUCAUUCACACAGAUUUAGAAAAGACUUUUAUCAGUGCGAAUAUACUCAAGUUUGCUGACCUGAAAGACAUGGCUCCACCACUAAAGGAGUCUCAGUUGAAAGCUCAAGCGUUGGUGAAGAGAGGUGGUAAACUCUAUGCAAUGGAAGAUGGAGAUGUGGUUUUGUUCAAGGCCGCUAAGGGCAAUUCGAGGUAA